GCUAACACGGUGGUAUCAUGCUAAAUACCUGGUAGGAAGGUUUUCGCAGUUUAUGGAAAACUGCCAAAUCGUUUAAGGACACGAAGACAAUCAGAAUGGACCUGACAGAAGACGCACAUAAUGCGAACAGUGUGGUUUGUAUCGGUGAGCUUGAGCUGUACUCGGAACAUCUGCUCCAUGGACUAAACGAGCUGAGGCAGCGGGAGGAACUUUGCGAUGUGGUCCUCCGUAUAGGGGACACUAAAAUCCGGGCUCAUCGCGCCGUACUUGCCAGUUGCAGCCCAUACUUCAAGGCCAUGUUUACCGGGAACAUGUGUGAACGAGAAAAGGAAGAGAUCGAGUUCAAAUCUAUCGACGAAUCUGCCAUGAAAUUAUUAGUCGAUUUUGCCUACACGGGAAAGGUGCAUGUUUCCCAAGUUACAGUACAGUCGUUGCUGCCUGCUGCCGAUCUGUUACAAUUGAAAUCCGUUACUAAAAAAUGUUGCGAUUUUUUAGAGGGACAGUUACACCCAAACAACUGCAUUGGUAUUGCCAAGUUUGCUGAAACUCAUGCCUGCUGUGGCUUGUACCGCAAAGCAUACACUUACAUUUUUCAACACUUCGAGGAUGUAAUUGAAACAAUUGAGUUCUGUCAACUGGAAGGAAGUGAGGUGGCCGAACUGUUAUCCAGUGAUGACCUGAACGUCAAAUCGGAAAAGUCCGUAUUCCACGCUCUUAAAACUUGGAUAAAAUACGACAUCAACAAAAGACGAUGCUACCUGUCCAGGUUACUCCCAAGUGUUCGGUUACCAUUACUGACGGUGAAAUUUCUGACUCAGUCCUACGAAGCUGACCAGUUGAUUCGCGACGACUACACCUGUCAAGAACUAGUGAAUAAAGCUCUUAAAUACCAUCUCGUUGCUGAAGAGAGACUUCGCGUGUCUCCGCAGAUGGAGAGAAGUAUCCGCCCAAGAAGAGAACCUAAAGUCAUCUGUGCUGUUGGUGGCAAAAAUGGUCUCUUUGCGACCCUUGACAGUUUGGAAGUAUACUUGCCACAAAAUGACAGCUGGACCGAAGUGGCACCGCUAAGUUGCAGGCGAUAUGAGUGCGUUUGUGCUGUCCUUGACAGAAAGCUAUAUGUGAUUGGUGGAAUGAAAUGCAUCGUAAGAGGUGGAACAUCUAUCCGUCACCAUGACAACAGUGUGGACCGGUGGAACGCUGAUAGUGACACCUGGACUAACAUAGGAGGCAUGAUCAAAUGUCGUAGCAAUUUAGCGGUAGCGGUAUUGGAAGGGGAACUCUACGCCCUUGGUGGUUACAAUGGUGAAACCUAUUUACGAAGUGUAGAGAAGUUCUGUCCAAGGACAAUGCAAUGGAGAUUGGUGGCACCGAUGCUCAAAAGCCGUAGCUGUUUUGCCGCCGCCGUCUUAGAUGGUAUGAUUUAUGCUGUGGGAGGUUAUGGUCCAACGUACUUAAACAGUGUUGAACGCUAUGAUCCGAGUCAUGACCGCUGGGAGAUGGUAGCCCCAAUGGUGGAGAAGAGAAUCAACUUUGGUGUAGGCGUGUCACGAGGUUUUCUUUAUGUGGUGGGUGGACACAAUGGUGUGUCUCAUCUAAGCAGUGUUGAGAGAUACGAUCCACAUCGCAAUGAGUGGGUGUUGGUGGCACCCAUGGAUAAACCAAGAACUGGUCUUGGUGUAGCUGUUCUGGAUCACAAGCUUUAUGUCGUUGGAGGCCAUUCCGGUUCAUCAUAUCUGAACAUAGUGCAGUGUUACAAUCCAAUUUCUGAGAAAUGGUCCACUGUUAACAGUAUGUCUACUUGCCGCUGUAAUUUUGGUCUUGCUGCCCUAUGAUGGAAGUGGUGAAAACACAAUGCAUGAUGAUUUGAACAAAUUUUGUUGCUGUUUUGGCAAGUUGGGAACCAAG